AUGUAAUCACCCAAUCCUAUAUAAUAAAAUGAGGAUUAAAAUUUACGAGAUGACAUUUCUUCAAAACCUUCCUUAGCUAGAUCAAACACUUUUUAGCCAAUACCAAAAAUAACAAAAAAAUUUACAAUAGGGGGGAAGGAAUAUUCAUAUGUAGGACCUGAUCAUCCUUAUAUAUAAGAUUUAUUCUAGCUUGUAGAGGAAAGAGAAAGCAAUCCUAAAUUUAUUUGGAUCAAUAAAAUAAUAACCAUUAAUAAUUAGCUAGAGUAGUGGUUUUCUGCUAAAUGCAGAUUUUUUGAUGGAGGUUUUGAGAUAACCCACUAUCAUGUGUUAAUUUGGUUUUUCUAUUUGAUUAUCUAUGUGGUGUACAUAAUCCAAACUUUAGAUUUACAAAAUUCCUCCGAGGUACAAGCAAAUGCUAAUAAAUAGAGUAUUGUGUAUAAUCUAGCAGGAUUAGGAGCAUUAUUUACAAUAUAUACAUUAGUAAUAAUAAUGAUUAAGCAAACUUGGAUAGUGUUUAUAAUUACAUUUUUAGGGGUGCUACUGCCAAUUUGGUUCCUUAGUAAUAAUUAUCUAAACUUACUGAAUUUGAAUUCAUCAGCCAACUACGAUUUUUCUAUGAUUUUUAUACUAGCAUUCAUUGUGUUAAUUGUGCUGAAUGGAUUAAUAGUUUCAUAAUUGUAUAUUUGGUUGAAAAGCUUUAUGAAAGAGUUCUUUGCAGCAAUGGUAGUUAACUUUUGGUGUCUAUUCUGUGUGUUCUUAGUUGGAUACUACGUGUUAGAAUAUGUUAUCGUUACAUCUUAACUAGUAUUUUCAGAUUUGAUAACUUAUGUUCUCUCUACACUUUAUAUUCCAUUGCUUUUAAUAUUGGUCUUUUCAUGGUUUAUUAUUAAGGCCAGAUUGUUUGAUUGGCCAGAGGAUGUAAUAUAGACAGCAAUUGAUAGACUAAAGAACAUGCUUGAAAAACAAUACAUUCGAUCACAAACAACGCAGUAAUAAACUUUAAGUUGGAUAUAAAGGAACAAGGUUAGAAUAAUAUCAUAUAUGAUUGGAAUAUUUUAUUUCAUUGUUGAGAUUUGGCUAUUUUUAAAACUAUCAUCAAUACUUUAAAACUAGUAUUCCAACUAUAGUGAAAUUAUGACCUUAGCUUUUGAAGUUACUAUUGUUCCCAUUUAUUUAUUUUUAGGUGUUUUUAUUUCAAUCACCAACAGAGAUUUAUCAAAAACACUGUUAUACAUCCCAUUAUUUUUAGGAGCUCCAAUCAUAUUUUCGUUUUUGAAAUUGUACUUUUAUUUGGAUUCACAAUCUACUACUUAGGACAUGGUUCUAUCUAUAGGAGAUGCUAUAUAUUAUGGACCAUUAUUUUUAUUUACUAUUUGGCUGACUAUUAGCAUGAUUGGUAUUGAAAAGCGAAAAUUACAAAUGUAUUCAUUAGGAUUCUUAUGUUUCUUUUUGGCCUUUCCCUUAGGAGUACUGAUUCCACUUUAUUACGAAUCUGAUGAUGGAUCCUUAUUAUAUACUAGUUAUGUGUUAGUAGGAAUAGGAGCCAUCAUCUUGAUUGUGAUUUUUGCUUAUUUUAUCAAAUUAUCCAUAUCAGCUGUCUGGAGAGUCAAAUAAAUCUCCGAAGAUGACUUCCCCAACUUCGGAGAAUAUGCCUAUUACAAUUUAACUCCUUAUGGAUUAUGGAUUAAUGCAGCAUUCUUUCUUUUAUCAAUAUUUUUCUUAGGAGAAUUCUUUUGGUUCUCCUAAGAAUUUGAUAAAGAAUAUCAACCAACAGAUGUAGAAAUUGGAACUAUUUUCAGUUUAUUAGUAAUGCAUCCCAUUUUAUUCUUCUUAACAAAUUUAGCCUUAUCGGGCAGAUCAUUGUAAAUUAAAAAUGAUUUUGAAAUUACAAAUCUAGACAUGGAAAAAAUCGAAUAAAUUGAAAAUGAAAAAAAAAUGAAAGCCCUCAAAAUAUAGAAUUAUACUGUGCUAACUGGUUUGAUAUGUCCGAUUGUGGUCUUUAUACCAUUUGGUGCAAUAAUAUCAAAUGAAAUAUUCUCAACCUUCUUUAUGGCUUUGGCUUUUGGGUUACCAUUAAUAUUCCUACUAUAUAAAGUCUUAACAUAUAUUAAGAAUCAAUCAGAAGCAUAUGAAAACUUUUUCUCUUCCUUUGUAAGCUCAUUGUUAUGGUGUUGUGUUAUUUUUCCAUUUGGCGUCAUUGUGCCUAUGCUAUCAAUUGAAUUUGUUAACACUUCAGAGAACUUUCAAACCUUUGCCUAAAUCGCAGUUGCAAGUGGUUUAUUUAUCUGCAUUUUUGGUGUGACUGGUACUUCUCUCUUUUUCUCUAUUUUACUUAAUAAAGAAGAAUUUGAGAGGAAAAAACGAUUUGUUGUCGAAGGAUUGAUAGCUUAUUUCUAUAAAGAGCAUGUUUAUAGUGAUAUGGCAGUAUGUUCUUUAAUCUAUAUGAGAUAUUUGAUUAUUGGUAAUGUUGUGGAAAGGAGAGUCAAGAAAUAACAGAAACCUGGGCUUCAAGAUAAAAAUAAUAAGGAAAUCAAUCAAAAAUAAGAAAUUAAACAAAUAUUAGUUAAAGAUUUAAUCGAAGAAUUCAAACCUGUUGGUCCUAUAGAAUAUUUAGGAGAAGAUUUGGAAUGCAAUAAAUAGUUAGUUUCAAAACUUAAUUAUGACAAAUUUACAAAGGCAAUAGAAUAGAAAAAGAUUGAAGAAAAAGAAAAAAAACAAAAUUAAUGUUUAAUGAUGUUUUGGGAAUGUAUUCAAUGUAAAUGUGGAUUAGAAGAAAUAGAAUAAUUAGAAAAAGAUAAGGAAAAUGAAAUUAUUUUACUAAGAGACAUCUAUAAAAUGGAUGAAGAAUAAGGCUAAAUGAUGGAAUAAUUAAUUCCAGAAUUUUCAAGCGUCUACAAGUUGAUGGAUGAUAAUGAAAAGACAGGAUUACUCCUAAACUUUGAAUUAGAACCAACUGCUCAAAUUUUAGCUUAAAAAAAAUAACAUAUUGAUGUUGAGUAAUUAGUAUCCUCAAAAACAGAAAAAUUUAGAAAUUUGGAAAGAAAAGAUAUAUCAAAUAAAGCAAUAAGUAAAAUAACAUCAACUGAUUAUUAUUAAUCACUACAACAGGAUAAUAAUUUAUUUCCAUAAUUUAUGCAUGAGGUUUUUAUGGAGUUUAGUAAUUAAGAAGAAGGACUUCCUCCCUCAAUUUGUUAUAAUGAUUUCAAGGAAUUUUGUAGAUUAACAGACUUAAAUUUUGGAAUCAUAGAAUAUACAACUCAUGCUAAAUAAAUAUGGUUAAAUUAAACUUAUAGUUUAAGUGAAUUAGAUUUUGCAAAUUUGCUCAAAUCUGCCUUGCCAAACAACUCUGUUGAUAAAUAUUAAUAACUAAAGCAAUUAACAUUAAGUAAUAUUUAUCCAGGUUUAAUUAAAUCUAUAAAAUCACUCUAUAGUAAUUUAAAAGAAACCAAUAGAUUGCUUCUCAAUAAUGUACUUGACCCAAAAUUAUACCCUUUUUGUUAAGAAAACUUUGAUGGAAGAAAACAAACUAAGUAAGAAAUGUAGGAUGAAUAAAGCAUGUUGUUACUUCAAAUUAAUGACGGAUAAAACUCUCAAAAUAAUCAGAUUAAAAGGGCUAACAGUAUUAAAUUCCCAAAGAAAUCAAGAAAACAACUUAACUUUGAAUAUGCAGAGAAAGUUUAGGAGGUAGAACAUAAAUAUGAUAACAAAUUAUCUUGUUGCAAAAAGUGUUGUUAUAGUUUUCUUAGAUGCCUGAACUUAGUGUUUUGUUAAAUAUUAGGAGCGUGCUGGAAAACUAUUUUAGGAGGCUUUGAGGAUUAGAAGAAAAAGCCUGUUAGAAAAGGUUGGGCUUAAAGAGUAAAUGAAGCUAGACUAGAGAUGAGAGACUGGAAACAAGUUGCAAAAGGUGGUAUUGAAGAACUCUUCAGAUAAAUCAAUAUUUACGAAGAGUAAUAAAAAAAAAAGUUAGUUGUAAAAUAGUUCAGACCUACAUUAAGUAACAUCAUUGCUAUUUCUACAAGAUUUUAUGAUGUAUAUGGUUUAGCAGCUUUAACCUUUAACAGUAAUGUCUCUUGGUUUGGUAAUGAUUCUGCUUCAUCAGUGUAAGGGCAAGAUGUUGUUGAUGGAGCUGCAUUUUAUGAUUCAUAUGCGUUUUACUUUUAUGCAUCCCUUUUUGCUUCUGUGUUGUAUGGAAUUUUAGGAAGGAUAGCUGUUCAUCAUGUAAAAUAAAAUACAUUUGGCCAAAAUACUUUGAAUGGGUUACCAGCCAGUUAUACUCAUCCAUAAUGGUAUUUGACAAAAGCAAUAUAAAUCUUAAAUGGAUUAUUCCUUAGAAUAAUGAAAUCGUUUAUUGAUGCUUUUGUUUGUGACUAUGAUAUUGUUGGCUCAGUUUCUUAUGUCUUAGUGAGAGACCAUUCUGUGGAAUGUUUAAGUGAAUAACAUUAUAUCUAUAUGGGACUAGCAUUUUUAGGAGUAAGCAUCUAUUAUCCAUUAACUACCUAUAUGCAACCUAUCUUUUAGUUUAAUGACCAUUCAUUAGAUUUAAAGUACAGAUCCACUUACUUAGUUGUUUACGUUUAAUGCAAACUAUUAAUACUCGGAUUAAGCUCGUUGUUUGCCAAUUUUGACUCUAACUCCUUUAUAUUUUAAUUAAUUUUUGCUUCCUGCAUUAUGCUUUUCAUUAUUAUCUUUUAUUUGAGGAUGAAACCGUGCCUUAUUGAUUGGUUCAAUAUUAUUGAACUAUUUCUGUUCAUUAUAGUUUUCUCUGUUUACAUUGGUGCCAUCUUGAUAUUGUUUACUUCAAAUUAUAUAUAUGGCCUACUAUUUACAGGAUCAACCACAGCUUUAUUGUUGAUUAUUUUAGCAAUAUAUUUUAUUAGGCAAUUUUUAGAUUAGAGAAGAAGAGAAAAAAUAGGAAUUGAAUCAGAUUAAUAGCAAUUACAAAUUAAAUAAAAGAAGGGAAUAACUAAAUUUGUUGAAACAAAAACAGAGGAAAGAAUGAGAAUUGCAAAUUUCAAAGGGAAGGAUAAAGUUAGAGAGGAGAAAUAGCUUAAGAUGAACUUUGAAACUUUGGAAGAAUAAGAAAAAGAACAAAAAUAAAUGAAAAAGAUUCAAGUUGCUCAAAAGCAAAAAUCUUAAUCAGAUUUAAAUUUAGAUAGUGAAUACAUGCCGAUUAAAUAAAUUGAAGGAAAUAUUAAUGAAGAUCCAAUAGAACAUAAAAAUAUUAAACUAUUCUAACAAAGAAAAACUUGAAUUUAUAUCAUGAAAUAAUAUACUAUCAGAUUUUAUAAUUCAUAUUAAUAAA